CUCUUUCUCUCUCCAACCCCCCUCCCACCUUCUCCUCAUUCAGCGACUGGCUCACUCUCUGCGCUCAAACACAUGCUGCUCCUCGCCUCCUCACUGCAUCUGUCCUCCUCUCCCUGAAGUGAGGUACCAUGCAUACUCCAUUCUCCUCUUCCUCCACUCUGCUUCUUCAUUAUCGUUCCACCAUUCUAUCAGACAGAGCUGUCUUGGUGCAAAGCUGGGGACCAUAAAGAGCUCUGCAACUUCCUUGAGGACUUUGGAGGCGGGACAAGGCUUUUUGCUUGGUCUGAGGACAGCUGCAGGGACAUACUUCCUCUGUCGGGAGGCAGAUCUGUGUGGGACAUCUGCUCUGUGUGUAACACUGCUCGAUUCCACUUAAAGUUGUAGCAGAGCACACAUGAUUCAGUUCUGCCUCGUCCGUCUUUCUUACUGAUCGCUGGCAACUCACUAUGUGCAGUCAGACCAGCUCAGGAUCCCUGUCCCAGCUCCUGAAAAACUGGCCAAGACUACACCCUUGAUUUGUCCAAUGUUGAGGCUGUAUAGGUUUGGGAUUCUUCUCUCAAAAGAAGCUGAAUAAGCUUAUAAUUUCAUCAUUCCUUCUUGUUAUUUUCUUACGAAAUUCUGCAGCAUUAGACAGGACAGGACUGGACCUCUGAAUUUCAGCUUCAUGUAACAACAAAGACCGAAAUAUAGUCUCAACAGACAGAAAAAGAGACUGUAAAGUACUGGACACAAACAAAGCCGUGAGAUUGUUGGAGCAACUGGUGGUCUUUGUUAACAACCAUGCAAGUGUCCUUUGCAUGUACGGACCAUGGGCUUAAGGCCCCGCGAAACGGCGAGCACAGCAAACAGAAUGCCACCAGCCCCAACACAGCUAGUCAUGCCCGUGCCCGCUUCCGCACGGUGGCUCUGAUAGCUCGCAGCCUGGGCUCCUUCACCCAUCGCUACCACCACAACCUCAAAGAGUCCACCGCCAAGCUGACUGGCAUGAAGUACCGGAACCUGGGGAAAUCUGGGUUGCGUGUCUCUUGUCUGGGGCUUGGAACAUGGGUAACAUUUGGAGGUCAGAUCUCUGAUGAGGUGGCAGAGCAGCUGAUGACAAUCGCCUAUGAGAGCGGGGUCAACCUGUUUGACACGGCCGAAGUCUACUCUGGGGGGAAAGCAGAGAUAAUCCUGGGAAACAUCAUCAAGAAAAAGUGCUGGAGGAGAUCCAGCCUAGUGAUCACCACAAAGCUGUACUGGGGAGGAAAGGCAGAGACAGAAAGAGGCCUUAACAGAAAACACAUAAUUGAAGGUUUAAAAGGCUCGCUCCAAAGGAUGCAACUCGAGUAUGUGGAUGUGGUGUUUGCCAGUCGGACAGACAGCAAUACUCCCAUGGAGGAGAUAGUGAGGGCAAUGACUCAUGUAAUCAACCAAGGCAUGGCUAUGUACUGGGGAACAUCACGCUGGUCUGCCAUGGAGAUCAUGGAAGCUUAUUCUGUGGCCAGGCAGUUUAAUCUUAUUCCACCAGUGUGUGAGCAGGCUGAGUAUCAUUUCUUCCAGAGGGAGAAAGUGGAAACUCAGCUUCCAGAGCUCUAUCACAAAAUAGGUGUGGGUGUAGUGUCUUGGUCCCCUUUGGCUUGUGGAAUCAUCACAGGAAAGUAUGAGAAGGGCAUCCCAGAAUCCUCCAGGGCUGCGAUGAAGCCAUACCAGUGGUUGAGGGAGAAGAUAAUGAGUGAGAAUGGGAGAAAACAACAAGCCAAACUAAAAGAACUCACUCAAAUUGCAGAGAAGCUGGGGUGUACUUUGCCACAGAUAGCCAUAGCCUGGUGCUUAAGGAACGAGGGAGUGAGCUCAGUACUCCUGGGGUCCUCCAAUCCAAGCCAACUUACAGAAAACCUGGGAGCCAUCCAAGUAAUUCCAAAGAUUACAGCAGGUAUUGCCUCAGAAGUGGAUCAUAUACUGGGCAACCGUCCACACAGUAAAAGGGACUACCACCAUUAGAAUCGAUGCCCUGUACUGAACUGUGCUUAACAAGCUUAUCAAAGCUCACAUUUCACAGCCAUGGCACCAAAAGCAUGUGCCCAGGAUUUCUUGUGAGUGUAUGACUGUGUGUAUGUGUGUGACUAUGUAAUGUUUUCUGCUUUCAACUCCUUAACUUAAAGUGAGCAGUCUGAUGACAAAGCAUGCAUGCUACAACUAGAGCAGCCAGCUACUGGACUUAACAAAAUUUGGGGGAUGUACUGAGACCCAUUUCUUCAGUGAAAACCUCAUUCAUCUCAGCAGACUGUGCAGAAGGUGCUGAACCACAGUUUAACUGAAGCAAAAUAUGACAUAAUGAAAUAUUAUCCCUCAUUCAAAUUAUGUGUUUCAAUAUGGCUGUUAUUGCACGGUUAGAAAACUUUAGACAAACGUAUUACCUCCAAGCAUCUCAUUAAGCUGGUGAUAGCGUGGUGAGCACAAGAUGACCUACAUCAAAAUGUACCAUACCGUUAAAAAUGUCUUUGAUGUGAUGUUCGUGUGUUAAAAGUAAUCAGUGAUGAUUUUAAAUUUGGGCCUGGUCUCAGCAGACUGGAUGAACGUUCCCCACAGCUGAUGGCGUUUGCCUGACAACAAUAUAUAUAUAUAUA